UGCGGAAUUCCGUUGUUUUUUACGUGCUCUCUGGUCUCAUCUUCUCGUACCCACUUUCUCAUCUGUGACUGAAGAAAAUGAAUUGGCCCACUGAAUUCCGGAAAAAUACUAGGACACCUAAAUAUCUUGGACAGGCGCGGAAAGGGGAGGCCUGACCUUGGAAGCGGAACGGGGUCCUGCGGCAGGUCCUUCCGGGAGGGUGACAUUCAGCCGGCCAGUCGGGGCGACGGGCUUUCCGUCCUAGAACCAUGGCCCAGUUUGUUCGUAACCUCGCGGAGAAGGCCCCGGCGCUGGUCAGCGCUGCUGUGACUUACUCGAAGCCUCGAUUGGCCACAUUUUGGCACUAUGCCAAGGUUGAGCUGGUUCCUCCAACCCCUGCUGAGAUCCCUACAGCUAUUCAGAGCUUGAAAAAAAUUAUCAAUAGUGCUCAAACUGGUAGCUUCAAACAGCUCACAGUUAAGGAAGCUCUACUGAAUGGUUUGGUGGCCACUGAGGUGUGGAUGUGGUUUUAUGUUGGCGAGAUCAUAGGCAAGCGUGGCAUCAUUGGCUAUAAUGUUUGAAGACCAAUCUUUGCUUUGUUAUUUGGGUGUUCUUGGACCAUGUGUGAGCAGACUGCUAUUUGAAUAAAAUAAGACAAUGUGUCAAAAUCAGUGUUUCUCUGUCAAGCACUACAUGGAAGGUCACAAUUUCUCUUGAUAUUAAGUUGGGUUGUCUUUUGCUUUAAUACAUUAAUACAGCUCUAAAUGCAUGUCUUUGCUUAGCCUGCAAUUGGAAAGGAUAGAUAUGAAUAUACCAACCUGGUGCAUGUAUAUAUGAGGAUAGCAUUUUACUUUGAAGGCUUGAAAUAAAUGAUAUUUAAGCUUAAUUUUAGAAAAGUUGGGGAAAGGCUUUGAGAAAACAAGAACUUGUUCCAGUAGGAGAAAAAUAAUACCAUGUGCCAAGCAUGGUAUAUACUAGUUAAAUCACCUAGUAUAAAGAAUACAAUUUGGACUGUUUUUCUUUGCUAAAAUCAGAGAAAGACCCCUUUGGCAACAGCUGUGUCUGUAAAUGUAGGGGUACUUUUUGUCAACUUGAAUAUAGCUUCCCCAAAAGAGACCAGCCGGGUGAUAUUCUGUGUGUCUGUAACAUCUUUAACACUAGGACAGAGAAUGAAAGCAAUGACCUAUGUUUUUAAUCUAAUUUUGAUAUGUUAUUAAUCUGUCUUUUUUUUUUUUAAGGACCUAUCUUUACAAAAAUAAAAUAUCCUAUAGAUACUUAACAGGAUUAUAGUUUAGUAUCGUCCAUGGGUCAAGAUAGUAUAUUAUGUCCUGAAAUAAAUACAAGUGAUUGGUA